AAAAUACAUUUUUAUAUACCUGACUGAGUUUUAUCAGUUGAAGUUUAAUUUUUGUAGCCGACUCUUAAUAAAACUAUGGAUUCAAAUGAUGAGGAAGCCGAUAUAGUGCUUUCCAUGAGCAUGCCUGCAAUGAACCAAAUCAUGUCCAGCGAAGAUAUUAAUCGACGACGCACAAGUAAUUGUCCAACACUUGCUGACGAGCAUGACUGGAGCGAUGCUGACCAGGUGCAACAGAAAAUAGAUUAUUCUAUUAUUCCUCGCAAUACCAGCUUUGGCUCCAUCUCUGCCCAUAUUGAUAACCUUUCAGAGCUACGGCAUGCCAGUCUUGAUGAACUCAAGAUUUGAUCACCCACAGUCUGCCAAACUCGAUGAUUUCCAGGGUAUGACUAACCCAAAGGUAGGAAAUCACAACACUGAUACGGCUGAAGGAUUUAAAAAGUAUGGAUGGUUUGCUACAACAACAAAUCGACUAGUCAUGGGAUCAAAGGAUAAGCAUUCAAAAGACGAAAAAAAGAGUUUGGAUGAACUUUCAAAAUACGGAUCUAGUACAUCUAGCUCGGCUCUAUCAAAGAAAAUGGAAAAAAGAUACGGUGCAUCUUCGUCCAACAUCUCAGACAUUUCGCUACGAGGAAGUUUUGUUGAAGAAUCAAUUUUAGGUGUAGAUGCAUUUAGAGUGUUUUCCAAUACUGUUUUGGUAGAAGAAGUAUCAAACAAGCCUGUUCAAGUAAAUGUGUGCUGGCGGCAGUCGUUUAUCAAUACAAAAAUAACCUUGGAUACACUGGUCAAGGAUGCGAUUUUCACAAUUGUUCAGGAUAUAAAAGCUGAAAAGUCGAUUGCCAAUGACAUAGAUAUGAUAUCAGAUUUAUCUUUAUUAGUACUAGGAAAGGUGGAUUACAAUUCACCGGGUCUUAGGGUUUGGCUCAAUCCCGAUAGCAAUUUUGCAAUCUAUGAUAUCAAGCAGGGGGAUGAAUUACUUUUAAAGUAUACUUUGGAUAUUGGAGUAGUUUUAGUUUCAAUCCCUGCACGGUCAACAAAGAUCCAUCUGGAAUACAAUUUUGAUUUUUUGGUAUCCCAUGCAAUCGCGAUGCUUCGUAACCCUGACUCGGAUACACAUUUAGACAAAAAGGAGCGCUGGGGGCUAUAUUGUCCACGGUUUGGAAUGUGGUUGGAUGAAACAAAAACCUUGUUUUCAUACAACUUUACGACAGAUACAAUUUUGGAGCUACGGGCACUUGUAAAUGAGUUUCUGCUCCGCUUAUACCUACCUGAUUUUGAUCAAAAGAUUGCCAUUAAAGUUCUACCAAGUUUGCUAGUUUCCGAUGUCAUGGCAAUGGUUCAAUGCCAACUUCAUAACAGAAAACUCAAACUAUAUACCAAUGGACAAUAUGGCCUGUUUAUUACAUCGACAGACAGUUGGAUGCAGCCCGACGCAGUGAUUGAAUCAUACGCUAUGGCCAAAACAGAGAGCAUUCACUUUUGCAUUCAAUAUCAAUUUGUAGCAAUCCAAACUCCCAAUGAAAAUUUGAAUAUUCCCGUAGACAAGCAAAUGCUCGUGCAUUCCAUGCUAAAAAAACUUGAACAGGAAACUCAAAACGCCAAUCACGAAUCAUACUCUCUCUACCUCCCAACGAAUGAAAAACUAAAAGAUACAGAGGUUUUAUGGAAUGUCAUCAAAGAUAUCUCAAGCACAGACAAGCUACGAUACAGACUGACUUCUCAAAAGGCCUUGAUUUCUGCGUUUAAAGUAGAAUCAACAGAAUCAAACUCGGUAGAAAUUGAAGUCGAAGUUGAUUUUUCAGAACCACUUAGCUCCAUUGUGCAUUAUUUUUGUAGAAGACUGGGUAUACGAUACAGUGAAUUUUGUCAACUUCAGCUCGUAAAUCAAACCAAAUUGGAUCUCUCCAUGUCGUUUUUGAGUCAAGGUGUACCUUUUGGAUCAAAGAUUUUUGUCGUUUGGAAAACCCAUCCCAGCAAAAAUGCAAGUAUAUAA